GGGUCGCAGAAUUCGGUGUAACACCGUAAACACGCUCCUCUGACGCUGUCAGCGACGGCGUUCACCCAUCUGAUCAUCGGAUCCACAACAAGGAAUACAUUCAAAUAUCGAUAUUCAACCGAUCGCACCACUAUGGUUGUGUGAUAAACGAACCACCACACCGACUGUGCAGCAGCAGUGAACCCUGGCGCCGAGUUCCGUAGACGGCAGAGAACGAGUCGGUACGUCCUGUCUGUCACGCCAUACUAUUCGAUUGCAAAGAAAAAGCGUUAUCGUAAGCUCUCUGCAAAUCCAUUAGUGAACACAUGAGCCACUUAGGUAAGCCAGGGGGAUCCAGGAGACAAAGAAUCACCAUGGCGACCCAUACAGGUGUAUCCAAGGCCGGAUCCGAGAGGGAUUCUGGCUGUUCAGACGCCAGCUCCGGCUACCUCAGUGCCGUGGACCUGACUGACUUGGAGGAGAGCGGGAGGACCGCGUCCGCUGUUGGCCUGGACCACACAGCCGUGGUGGGUCGCUCUUACCCGGGAAUCAACUCCAUGAUCAUCAUGAACAACUUUGUCCUGAAGCAGCCCAACUCCGUCCCCCCGCCAGAGAAGCAGUGGAGCUUCCCCUCGUCCGUGGAGGUGGUGCCUCCAUCCCAGGUGGUGCUCCUCCAGCCAAUGGUGUCCAACUGCAGCGUCGCUCCCGCGAAGACCACCCCCGAAAAUAGCACCCAACCAAAAGACUACCUGCCGAUCCUCAAGUCCUACCCCAGAAUCGCGCCCCACCCUGGGAAGCGACCGUCGAAGCGCCAGGGAUCCGCCUCCCUGAGGACCGGCUCCGCCCCGGGACACGGCAAACACCGCCGGCGCCCGCACCACAGCAUCCGGCCCUACAGCUCGCCCAGCGCCACGCCCAUACGCCAGGCGCCGGUCAAGGCCCUCCCCCGACCCGACUCCCCGGCCCCGGGCGCCGACGGCCCGCCUCCCUCCGACGAGAAGCUCUGCCCGCUGCUCGCCGCCGCGGUGGCCCCGCGCGACCCCGCCGACCUGGCGCCGGCGGGCGACGGCCACCACGACGCCGUGCCCCAGGACGCGUUCUCCGACCACGGCAACAAGCUGAAGCGCUUCAGCAACACCUGUAACAUCCUCAGCAAGUCGGGCCUGCUGGGCAUCACCCUGCGCACCAAGCAGCUGAUGAGGGACAACCGCCGCACGCAGGGCCAGCUCCGGCUGCUCCAGGAGCACACCGACCUGCUCAUGGAGGCGCUCCGGACCGGAGACCCGCGCACCUGGACCCGGCUGCAGCUCGCCAUGCAGGACAAGGCCUCGCCGCAGUGUGAGGGGCCGCAGCUAGGGGGAGCCCUGCAGGGCAUCCCUGUGUGAGGUACAGGUAGAUGGAGGAAAGCGGCAGCAUAAAGCACAGAAUGAGUGGGGCUUUCUUUUAGGAGCCCUUGCUUGUUAGCAAUUUGCCCUUUCGCUGGUACGGAAUUGCACGUAUCGUAGGCGAUAGGGCUACUGGCCUCCCAGGUGAGCAAGCAGUGAAUGCAUGCCUUACCUUACCAUCAAGGAGGUAAGUAGGGCGACCCUGAAGGGUUUGAACAGGACUCUAGUAGAGAAGGUAUUUAUGGAGUACAGUCGAGUUUUGUUCAGCCGAACUUGUUUCAUACAGGUGAUGUUGUCUUUCUGUUUUGCUUAUUAUGAGAUACAUAGACUACUGAAGUCUUGGAACUGUAGAGGGCUGACUUACUGAAUAUUGUUUAUAUUGUUGAUGUUACUUUAUUUAUGAUUUUAUUUUUCAAUCUAUUGACGAGAGACUAAAGCUACAUGAAGAAUAUGAUGUCAAACGCGUAGUGACGCAUGAAUUAGAUCUGGUUGAACAAUUUGCCUCUGUAGAGAUUAAAGCUUGACCGUGUGUGAUAUUAUGUAGUAGCUUGUGAUGCUAACCAUCCGAAGAGAAACAGAAUUCAAAACAUUUAAUGUUACUUAUUUCAGAUUGUUCAGAAAAAAAAAAAGCGUUUUAGAAGGCAGGAAGACAUUUGAUCUGUUCAUUCGGUCCAGGAUCAUGCGCCUUCGACAAUGUCUGUGUAUCUGCUCAUAGUCUAAUUUAAGUGUAUAGUCUAAGAUAAGAGAUCUUAUCACUUUUCCUGUUCUUAGUGGCUAAAUCAAAAUGUAAUAAGUAAACAUUUAAAAAAAGAUGCUCUUACUUUGAA